AUGAUUAAGCUGCUGGAGGACAUGCAUGGGGCCCUAAGAUUUAGGGGUUCGAGCCUGCUGCCCUGCCGGCUCUACUGCUGGGCGGGACCAACGCCGAGACCCGACUCCAGCCGCAGGGGGCGCUGUCCCGUUUUCCUGCAGCAGGAAGCGGAGCCUCGCAUGCCUUCUGCGACUGCGCCGCGGGGAAACGUCAUAUCCGGCCCUGCGCGCACUGCACCGGAGCCGGAACUGGCGAUCCCCGGGAAGUUCCACCUCUUGGAGACCUCGGAGCGCAGCAUAAGCCUCAAAAGCCACUUCAAUGUCCCUUCUCACGUGCUCCGGUAGACCAUGUCUUCCCGGCUGUCCAAGGAACUGCGGCAGAAGUACAACGUCCGCUCCGUGCCCAUCCUCAAGGACGAUGAGAUCCAGGUGGUUUGAGGACACUCGAAAGGUCAACAGGUCAGCAAGGUAGUCCAAGUGUACAGAACUCAGCAUGUCAGCUACAUCAAGCAGGGACAUGAGAUGACUAACAGCACAACUGUCCACGUGAGCAUCCACCCCAGCAAGGUGGUUAUAGCCAGACUGGAACCAGACAAAGACAGGAAAAAAAUUCUUGAAUGCAGAGCCAAGUCUCGGCAACUUGGGAAAGAGAAAGGCCAAUGCAGGGAGCUCACUGAGGACACAGGAGUGAACAGGCUGGCAUGCAGCCAGGGCUGACUGCAGAGGCCUUGUCUGGUGUCUGCUUCAAACUUUUCAAAGUGUGUCUGAUGAGUUUCAUUGUCCACCUGUUUUGCUACUGACCUGUUACUCUUGUAAAUCUCCUUUUGCAGUUUUGAUAAUUUAUGAGUAAAAAUUUAGCUGUUUUCUAAUGUUAA